CGGCGGCGGCGGGGCCAUGGACCGCGUCAGCAGCUCCAUGAAGCAGGUGUCCAACCCGCUGCCCAAGGUGCUGAGCCGGCGGGGCGGCGGCGGCGGGCUGGAGGCGGAGCGGGACGGCUUCGAGCGCGCCCAGACUGUCAGCAUCAAUAAGGCCAUUAAUGCUCAGGAAGUGGCUGUCAAGGAGAAACACGCCAGAACAUGCAUCCUGGGCACGCACCACGAGAAGGGGGCACAGACCUUCUGGUCCGUGGUGAACCGGCUGCCGCUGUCGGGCAACGCCGUGCUGUGCUGGAAGUUCUGCCACGUCUUCCACAAGCUGCUCCGGGACGGCCACGGCAACGUCCUGAAAGACUCUGUGAGAUACAAGAAUGAGCUGAGUGACAUGAGCAGGAUGUGGGGCCACCUGAGCGAGGGCUAUGGGCAGCUCUGCAGCAUCUACCUCAAACUGCUGAGAACCAAGAUGGAGUUUCACACCAAGAAUCCACGCUUCCCUGGCAACCUGCAGAUGUCAGACCGGCAGCUGGAUGAGGCGGGAGAGAGCGACGUCAAUAACUUUUUCCAGCUGACAGUGGAGAUGUUUGACUACCUGGAGUGUGAGCUGAACCUCUUCCAGACAGUGUUCAGCUCGCUGGACAUGUCCCGCUCGGUGUCGGUGACGGCAGCAGGGCAGUGCCGCCUGGCCCCGCUCAUCCAGGUCAUCCUGGACUGCAGCCACCUCUACGACUACACUGUCAAGCUGCUCUUCAAGCUCCACUCCUGUCUGCCAGCAGACACGCUGCAGGGACACCGGGAUCGCUUCCUGGAGCAGUUCAGGAAGCUGAAGGAGCUGUUCUACCGCUCCAGCAACCUGCAGUACUUCAAACGGCUGAUCCAGAUCCCUCAGCUGCCAGAGAACCCUCCCAAUUUCCUGCGUGCCUCGGCGCUGUCGGAGCACAUCAGCCCCGUGGUGGUGAUCCCUGCCGAGGCGUCCUCCCCCGACAGCGAGCCCAUCACCGACCUGCUGGAGAUGGACACGGCCUCGCAGAGCCUGUUUGACAAUAAGUUUGACGACAUCUUCGGCAGCUCUUUCUGCAGCGACCCCUUCAACUUCAGCAGCCAGAACAGGAUGAACAAGGACGACAAGGACCGUCUAAUCGAGCAGCUUUACGGGGAGAUCGCAGCCCUGAAGGAGGAGCUGGAGAACUUCAAGGCCGAGAGCGCCCGGGGCUCGGUGCAGCUGCGGGGCAGGGCCAGCGAGCUGGAGGCUGAGCUGGCAGAGCAGCGGCACCUGAAGCAGCAGGCGCAGGACGAGAGCGAGUUCCUGCGGGCAGAGCUGGAGGAGCUGAAGAAGCAGCGGGAGGACACCGAGAAGGCCCAGAGGAGCCUGACAGAGAUCGAAAGGCGGGCACAGGCCAACGAGCAGCGUUACAGCAAGCUGAAGGAGAAGUACAGCACGCUGGUGCAGAACCACGCCGACCUGCUGCGCAAGAACGCAGAGGUGACCAAGCAGGUGACAGUGGCCAGGCAGGCCCAGGGGGACGUGGAGCGGGAGAAGAAGGAGCUGGAGGACUCGUUCCAGCGGGUGAGCGAGCAGGCGCAGCGCAAGUCCCAGGAGCAGGCAGAGGUGCUGGACACACUGAAGCGGGAGCUGGCAGCCAGCAGACAGGAGCUGCAGGUCCUGCAGGGCACCCUGGAGUCCAGCACGCAGGCGGGAGCAGAGCAGAGCAGCAGGAUCUCCGUGCUGGAGCAGGAGAGGGCCAGCCUGAGCCAGGCAGCAGAGGGGCACAGGGAGGAGAUGGCUGCUCUGCAGGCUGAGCUGCAGCAGCUGCGGGAUGAGCUGAGGCACGAGCAGGAGAGCAGCAGGACGGAGCUGCAGAAGCUGCAGACGCAACUGAGGAACAAGGAGGAGGGGCAGCGGGUGCUGGAGCAGCACAUGGCCCAGGAGCAGCUGGUCCUGCUGCAGGGCACGGCGCAGGAGGCCGAGCGCAUGGUGCAGGAUGCCCUGGCUCGUAUGGACCAUCCCUCCCACAUCAGCUGCACUGGCUCAGCGGACUGCCUCCUGUCCAGGACACUGGCAGCCUCGGAGUGCGUGGAGCGGCUGCGGGACGCACACAGCAAAUACCUUUCCAAUGGUGCAGCCCUGGGCUCCCUGUUGCCCUGCCUGGCUCUCUUUGCCCACCUCGUCAGCGACACCCUCCUGCAGGGCAGCGCGACCUCCCACGUGGCCCCCCUGGAGCCCGCUGACCGGCUGCUGGAGAUGUGCAGGCAGUGUGGCAGCGAGGCCCUGAGCUACCUCAGCGCCCUGCAGGACCCAGCGAGGGUGGAAGGUGCCGACUGCAGCCUGUUGACGACCUGCCUGGGCCGGAUCAGCGCCAUCGGGGAGGAGCUGCGGCCCCGAGGGCUGGACGUCAGGCAGGAGGAGCUGGGUGACCUGGUGGACAAGGAGAUGGCAGCGACAGCAGUGGCCAUCGAAACGGCGGCUGCCCGCAUCGAGGAGAUGCUGAGCAAGGCACGAGCUGGUGACACUGGGGUCAAACUGGAAGUGAACGAGAGGAUCCUGGGCUCCUGCACAGGCCUCAUGCAGGCAAUCCACGUCCUGGUCCUGGCCUCCAAGGACCUUCAGAGAGAGAUCGUGGAGAGCGGGCGGGGUGCAGCAUCCCACAAGGAGUUCUACGCCAGGAAUUCCCGCUGGACCGAAGGCCUCAUCUCCGCCGCCAAGGCCGUGGGCUGGGGUGCCACCGUGCUGGUUGACGCUGCUGACCUAGUGGUGCAAGGCAAGGGCACAUUCGAGGAGCUGAUGGUCUGUUCCCGGGAGAUCGCAGCCAGCACAGCCCAGCUGGUGGCAGCCUCUAAGGUGAAGGCAGACAAAGACAGUGCCAACCUUUGCAAGCUCCAACAAGCCUCCCGCGGUGUCAACCAGGCCACAGCCAGCGUGGUGGCCUCCACCAAGGCUGGGAAGUCCCAGGUGGAGGAGAAAGACAGCAUGGACUUUUCCAGCAUGACACUCACCCAGAUCAAGCGUCAGGAGAUGGACUCUCAGGUGCGGGUGCUGGAGCUGGAGAACCAGCUGCAGAAGGAGCGGCAGAAGCUGGGAGAGCUGCGCAAGAAGCACUACGAGCUGGCAGGAGUGGCAGAGGGCUGGGAGGAGGAUGCUGCAGAUUAACACCCCCAGCAGAAGCAGCCGUGGGGAUACCCCCAGGACAGGAUGGGACCCAGCUGGGUGCAGCCUGUUGGGAAGAUC